GGCCGUCGUGUGCGCACGCAUAGCGCUUGGCAGAAGCAAUAAAAUUAUAGUCUGUGAAUAUCUUCAAGCCCCGUCGCUCGUGUAGUUCGUGUGUUUUCGAGCAAUUGGCAGUUGGUUUUUCUGUGGCCAGCAAAAGGUUUUGGCAAGUGAUGCGUUGAACAGCAAAUGAAAGCAAGUAACGCAAUUUAAUGCAAAUGUGUGAAAGUGUGGAAUAAAUAUUUGCCAAAAGCAAAUUACAAACAAAAACAAAAAUAAAACAACUAAAUUUUCUGUUGUGCUGCUUGCUUAACAAUUUUGAGUGUGCGUGAACAACAAAAACAGUUGAAGACAAUAACAAAUUGUGGAUUAAAUAAUUCACACCACGCAGAGCUUUUAAAACGGAAAUUACUUAAAAAUACAUUUAAAAUGUAUAAGAAUCUUCAAUAGAAGCCAAACGCAGCGAAGAAAAAAGGUUUAUUUUUUCACAAACCACCAACAAAAUCGUGCAAAGGACAAGACACACAACUACAAACAUAAUGCGAGCCGUAAGCGGAGCAACGCCUCCGUUGCUGCUGGUGGUGUUUCUUCAGGCGCUCAACUGGCAACUGGGCGUGGCCGUGUUUGGGCGCGAUGAAUGCCGAGAUCUGACCAUCUCAUCGUGCGAGUGCGCACCAUCGUUGUCUGAGUAUGAGCUCAACUGUCCCGGCAACAGCUACAAUCCCAAAUUCAAAAUAACCAUACGCCCUGGAUAUACGGUCCAGAUCGAAUGUAAUCUGACGGAUGCCUCGGAGUACAAGCAGAUGCCGAGGCUGAACAUCGGCAGCAUCGAUAUGGUGCAGAUCAGACGCUGCCCGCUGCCCUAUCACACGCCCAUAGCGGGCAUCAUGGAUCACCUUGGCAUCAAUAACACCAAAGUGCUCAUCUUUGAGGGCAACGAUUUGGGCAUGAAUGUAACCCGCAAGCACCUGGAGCGUCUGCAGAACCUGCAGCGACUGCGUUUCGCUGCCCGCCGUUUGCCGUACAUUCCCGAGGACUUUCUGCGUGAUAUGCAUCACUUAAGCUGGCUGGACAUGCGCGCCGCCAAUUUGGGUGAGCUGCCCGCACAGCUGUUGGCCAACAUGGAGAACUUGCAGUUCCUCGAGCUGGGCAGUAACAAUCUGAGGCAGCUGCCGCGCGGUCUCUUCCACAAUCUACACAAGCUGCUGCAUCUGAAUCUGUGGAGCAAUCAGCUGCACAAUCUCAGCAAGCACGACUUUGAGGGCGCCGUCUCCGUCAAGGAUGUCGAUCUGCAUAACAAUGGCAUUGUUGAACUGCGGCCGGAUGUCUUUGCCCUGCUCACCAAUGUGACCGAGAUCAAUUUGAAUGGCAAUAGCUUCCGCUCCCUGCCCGAGGGCCUCUUCGAACAUAACCAGAAGCUGGAACAAGUGAAGCUGCAAAACAAUCGCGUACCGCUGCCCACGCUGCCCGCUCGCCUCUUUGCCAAUCUGCCCAAUCUGCGCACCCUCUAUCUACGCUGUGAACUGGAAUCAAUCUCUGCGGACCUCAUUGAGAACUCAAUGAACAUCACAGACAUCUCGCUGAUGGAUAACCAUCUGACCACGCUGCCUGCGAAGUUGCUGGAGCAUCAGGUGAAACUAGUUAAUUUGGAUUUGCACAAGAAUCGCUUGAGUCACUUGCCCGAUAGCAUCUUCAGUCAUUUGUCCCAAUUGGAGAAUCUGAAUCUUGCUGAAAAUCGACUCACGGAAAUAUCCAGUAAACUCUUGAGCAAACUGGUGAAUCUAAAAACUCUUCGCAUGAACGAUAACCAUCUUGUGAGCAUCCAGCCGCAGGCCUUUGCUGCGAACGUUUUGUUGCGCCAACUGAAUAUGGCCAACAAUCAUAUCAAUCUGCAUGAGUAUAUGACGGCGCGUGGAGUGGAUGCGGAUCUCAGUUCACCAUUCGCACAUCUUAGAAAUCUGACAACUCUCAACUUGCGCAACAAUUCGCUUAUGGUCAUAUUUAGCGACUGGAAGUACGCAAUGCGCGAGCUGCAGGAGAUUGACUUGAGCUUUAACAAUUUCACCUGGCUGGAUUACUCCGAUCUGGACUUUGUGUCCGCUUACGAUUUGAACAUAAACAUGACCCACAAUAAAAUAAUCACCGUGCACUUCUACAAGCAAACAGAUUUCCCGGCAAUUGACCAGGACCAGCGACUGGUACAUGGCGUGAAAUCGGUCAGAGUUGAUCUCAAUGAUAAUCCUCUCGUCUGUGAUUGCACACUCCUACGUUUCCUGCAAGUGGUGCGCGGUGAUAUUCAGCCGGAUUACGCCAAGAAUUUGAUUACCUAUACAGAUCGAUUGAAUUGCCACGCGCCAAGUGCAUUGGCGGAUCGUCCUAUGCGCUCCGUACAUCCUCGUGAACUGGUCUGCCAGUUUGACCAAGCGGAAGAUCCAGCCGAGAGACGCUGCCCACGCGGCUGCGAUUGCCUGGUGCGCACCUUCGAUGCCACGCUAAUUAUUAACUGCUCUAACGGAGAACUGACCAAAAUACCUAAGCUGCCACGCCUUCCUCAGAAUCUUCGUGAAAUGGAACUGUAUGUGGAAAACAAUACGCUGCUCAAGCUGCCGACUUACAAUUCGCCUGGAUACGAGAAUGUGACCAGCUUGCACGUGGCAGGCAACAAUCUCACCCAGUUGGAGCUGAACCAGUUGCCCAGAAACUUAAAGUACUUGGAUGUGCGUCGCAAUCAGCUGCAGGUGCUCAACUCAACGGUGCUCGGCUAUCUUAACAGCACGAUGGACAACGUGAAGCUGCGUCUCUCCCAGAAUCCGUGGGUGUGCAACUGCGAGGCUAAGGAACUGUUGCUCUUCACUCAGAAGAAAUACGAACGCAUUCCAGAUUACACAGAGAUGUUCUGCAUCGAUGCGGAAAUGCCCACACCUCUCAUGGAGCUCAAUAUCAAUGACAUAUGCCCACGGCCCAGGAGUCUGUUCAUUGCGGUGAUUGUGGUCAUAUCGUUGGCAGGCUUUCUGGUAGGCAUCAGCGCGGCGCUGUACUACAAGUACCAGCAGGAGAUUAAGAUCUGGCUGUACGCCCACAAUCUGUGCAUGUGGUUCGUCACCGAAGCGGAGCUGGACAAGGACAAGAAAUUCGACGCAUUCAUUUCAUAUUCGCACAAGGACCAGAGCUUCGUGGAGAAGCACUUGGUGCCACAACUGGAGCAUGGUCCACAAAAGUUUACGCUCUGCGUGCACGUGCGCGAUUGGCUGGUGGGUGGCUUCAUACCCGAGAAUAUUGUACGCUCCGUCGCUGACUCCCGUCGAACCAUCAUCGUUCUCAGCCCGAAUUUCAUUAAGUCCGACUGGGCGCGCAUGGAAUUCCGUGCGGCGCAUCGAGCGGCGCUGAAUGAGGGACGUUCACGUGUGAUUGUGAUCAUCUAUUCGGACAUUGGUGACAUUGAGCAGCUGGACGAUGAAAUGAAGGCGUAUCUGAGAAUGAACACCUACCUGAAGUGGGGCGAUCCAUGGUUCUGGGACAAGCUGCGCUACGCACUGCCGCAUCGUGCACCCAUUGGCAAUGCGGGCAACGGCGCCCUGAUCAAGUCGGCGCUCAAAGGCUCCACAGACGAUAAGCUGGAACUAAUUAAGCCAUCGCCCGUGACGCCGCCACUGACAACGCCGCCCGGCGAUACCACCAAAAAUCCGCUGGUGGCACAGCUGAAUGGCGGGACCCCGCACACAGCCAUCAUGAUUGCCAAUGGCAAAAAUGGCCUGACGAAUUUGUAUGCGCCGAACGGCAAGGCACAUCAUGGCAACGGCCACAUCAAUGGCGCCUUUAUCAUCAAUACAAAUGCCAAACAGAGCGACGUAUAGAAAUGGCGCAAUAUGGAGCCCGACGAAGAGGAGCUCCUGUUUCACUGAGGCAUUCAAUCCUUACGCUAUGACCAAUUCCGAUUCCGAUCAGCUGAAUGUAUAAAAUGAAAACAAUGCCUAGACAACAGCAUUCUUGUAGCCAACUCAAAUCGCACUCUAAUUGAUUUCUUCAGGCAUUUGUAUUGUGUUUGUUUGUAUGCGUGUAUGCAUGUGCGUGUGUGUGUGUGUGCAUCUGUGUCUGUGUUUUGGUCUAGUUAAAUUCUGUAGAAUAAUUUUACAAACAAAAAAA